CUGCCUCUGCCGAAGCGAGCAGCCUCAUUCGGGAAGCGCGAGCCUCGCAGCCGCAGCAGCUGCCGCCGCCGCCACCACUGCCACUGCCACUGACCGCCCGCCUCAGCCACAGCCACAGCGUCCUCCGAGAUGUCGGCUCCUGCUUCUGCACCACCCGCUGCUGCUGGAGGAGAGGUGGGGGGUCCUCCCGCCCCACCGCCCAACCUCACCAGUAACAGGAGGCUCCAGCAAACCCAGGCUCAAGUUGAUGAGGUAGUGGACAUCAUGCGAGUGAACGUGGACAAGGUCCUAGAGAGGGAUCAGAAGCUUUCAGAGCUGGACGAUCGUGCCGACGCUCUUCAAGCCGGAGCAUCUCAGUUUGAAACAAGCGCCGCCAAGCUUAAGCGCAAAUACUGGUGGAAGAACCUAAAGAUGAUGAUAAUUCUGGGGGUGAUAUGCGCCAUUAUCUUGAUCAUUAUCAUUGUUUACUUCAGCACUUAGUGGAAUUCACCGAGUCAUUUCCCAUCCAGGAGCAGUGGCCGGGAGAGGCGCGAGGGGCGAAGUCUUCCAGCCCCAGCUUCCCCUCCAUACACACCCCCUACACCUCCCUUCCCAGCCCAUCCCCUCCCCGGUGUGUGUGAGUGUGUGUUGCGUG